ACUCAACUCUUAUUAUUUUCAAACAUGAUGGCUUCAUCAGAAAAUCAGAUUCAUGGAAACAUUGACAAUUCAGUGAGUAAACAAUCUGAAACAGAAGCCACCAUUGAAAUUUCAGAUUCAAUGGACACAAGUGAAAAUGUUUCUGAUUUUAAAUUGCCUCAAGCCUUAGAAAAAGUGCUUGCUCUCAAAACUGUAAGAGCACAAGAAUUAGGAAUCGAUCCUGACACUGUGCUAUCUCCAAAUGCAGAGAGAACUCAAGUUUCUAAAGCACCUGUGGUAAAUUUGGUAUCAGUGGACGAUGAGGAUUAUGUGGAGGAGGAGGAGGUUGCUUCUCAAAAGCAGAAAGAUUCUAAGAUCAAACGACGCAAGAAAAAGAAAAAGAAGAGACAAAUUAAAAGUCAAAAUCCAAUGUUAAAAUUUCAAGAUAAGCAUUCGCAGAGAGACUCUGUUGUUGAUGUCGAUAUAGAGUAUGUUAUAGAGGUAAUCGAUACUUCUGAUCCAUUAUAUCACCAGUUUAUGAAAAUAUUUGAGAAGUUCAAACUAACUGAAGGCGAAAAAGAAAACGAAGUUGGUGCAGACGCUGGGAAAAAUACAUUAAACGAAGAAAUGUUUAUUCCUAUGGCUAUAAGAAGGAAACCAGUGGAGUUAGGUGAUGAUAAUGAGAAAGAUGACAAACUUGAAGAAAAAAAGCCAAAGCUUUCUAAAAGAAAACUUAAAAAGUUAAGCCGGAUGUCUGUCGCUGAGCUUAAGCAAAAAGUGAAUCGCCCAGAAUUGGUUGAAAUUCAUGACGUCACAGCUAAAGACCCUGUUCUUUUACUACAUUUAAAAGCGUCUCGUAAUACUGUGCCAGUUCCUCGUCAUUGGUGCUUCAAAUGUAAAUAUUUACAGGGAAAGCGUGGUAUCGAAAAACCUGCGUUUGAAUUACCAGACUUUAUUAAGCGAACCGGCAUAAUGGAGACCAGGCAAGCCCUGCAGGAAAAAUAUCAAAAAACCAUGAAGGCUAAAGUGAGGGAAAGAGUACGACCGAAAUUAGGCAAAAUCGACAUGGAUUAUCAAAAGCUUCACGAUGCCUUUUUUAAAUGGCAGACAAAGCGGAAAAUGACUAUUCACGGGGACUUGUACUACGAGGGAAAAGAAUUUGAGACUAGAUUGAGAGAGAAAAAACCUGGCGAUUUAAGUGAAGAUCUGCGGACUGCUUUAGGAAUGCCCACCGGACCACAUUUGAACAAAUGCCCCCCACCGUGGUUAAUUGCUAUGCAGCGUUAUGGACCCCCUCCUUCUUACCCUUACUUGAAAAUUCCCGGACUUACCGCACCUAUCCCUGACGGUUGCUCCUUUGGUUACCACGCAGGCGGUUGGGGUAAGCCGCCUAUUGACGGGACUGGCCGGCUUCUCUACGGCGAUGUGUUUGGUACACAGAUAUUAGACAACCAAUCUCACAUUGAAAAGGAAGAAAUUGAUCACACUCUGUGGGGCGAACUCAAAACAGAGUCUUCAGAAGAAGACGAAGAGGAGGAAGAAAAUGAGUACGAGGAAGAUGAGACUAGAUUAGUCACUCCAGCUGAAGGGCUUAUCACCCCUAAUGGAUUUAGCUCGAUUCCAGCUGGAAUGGAAACACCCGAUAUGAUUGAAUUUCGUAAGAGGAAAGUUGAAGUGGAAUCGGAGGGCGGUGAAGCGCCUACUCUUUAUACUAUAUUACCAGAGAAGAAAACUGAGCGUGUUGGUGCGGCUAUGAUGGGGUCCACCCAUACUUAUGAGGUAGCCGCAGAGAUUCCGGGUUGUAAGCUGAAAGCAUCUGGUACUGAGUCUUUUCCACCCCAAGGUAUUGAAGUAGCUUUAGAUCCAAGUGAAUUGGAAAUGGACACCAUUGCUAUGGCUGCAAGGUAUGAACAGACGAUGAGAGAACAACAGACGCAGUUGGAAGAAGAAGAUUUGAGCGACAUGGUGGCUGAACACGCUGCACUUCAGAAAAGCAAGCGUAAGAAGCAACAACUUGAUAGUGCAAAACCUCCCAAAAAAUGCAAAGAAUUCAAAUUUUGAGUUUCAUGUGGUUUGGAAGAUAACAUAACCCUUUGUACAUAAGUUCUUCAUAUUUCUUUAGGAAACAAAUCAUUGGGUAAUUUAAAGGGCAAAGAAUAGUUAAGCACUGUUGCCGCUCCACAGGGAAUUUAAAAAUCAACCAAAAUUGUUGGGAAUUUUGAGUUUUUCUUUAGAAACUGCGAAAAUGCAGGAAAUUUUGUUUUUUAUUUUCAUCUUUUAAAAAAUUGUGAUCACUCAAAGCGUGAUCUACCCAGUGUAUCUAUGCACUUGAAAAGUUAUGAAUUUCGGUAUUGAACAAAAUUUGUCAUGAAGUAUCAUGGUUGUAACUAUUUUUUUUUAAAAAAAUCAGAGAGUCAUUGAUUUAGGUUGCCGAAAAAUCUAAUUUUAAAAUGGAAUUCCCCCCCCCCCCAAUUUCACAGUGUUCUGAAUAUCUAAGUUUAUAACUAAAUCCCCACUAACAGUCAUAUUUUAUUAAAAUAUAAAAAGUUUUUAUCAUAUUCUUUGAAAAUUAUGAUGUUCUUUCAAAAAAUGAAAGAAAAAGCAUCUCUCGAGCGAAUUAUCUUUUAAACUUCUGUGAUCUCAGAAUUUUUUUAUUUUAUCAAUUUAAUAUUCUAGUUAAGGCUUUUUAUAUUACACUUACUGUAAUGAGGAAAUAAAACAGUUUUAAAUAACUACAUAUAUUUGAUAGCAUUUAGUUAUUUGCUUUUGUAUUUUUUUUCCAGCCAUUUUAUUGCUUUAACUCUUUCUUUAUUCUGUUUUUUAAGUUUAAAAUUAAUAAAUAGGAAGAUGUAGAGUAUAACAGUUUUGGUUAUAACUAUCAUUUCAAUUAAUGUUAUAAUGCUUUUUUAAAUUUAUUGUGUUUUUGUGGAGUAAAUAGUAACUUUGUUAGGUCGUGAAAAAUUCUUGGAAUUAAUCAUGAAUGUGAAAAUAUAGCAGAUACCCUGUAUAGAAUAGAGAUAAUAGUUCAACUUCCUGUGAAGUUUGCAGGUAGAGCAUCGUCAUUUCAUUUUGAAAACUCUGUGGGGGGGAAAAAGGUUGCUAUAAUAGGGCAUAAGUGACCGGUUAGACUUAUUAUAGCGCACCAUCUGAUCCUAUCUCAACCCGGCAUGGGUAGAAAAAGUGUUGUUACAAACAGAGUGGGAAGUGAAUUCUUCUAUUAUGUCACAAUAGCAAUCCAUGAGAGGGUGCCGUUGGAAGUCGAAAUGCUUCAUUAACCCUAGAUUUAUCGUUUGGGGGGGGGGAAUUAAAAUAAAUUUUUAAAGAGGCAAGGAGAAGAAUCUUAUAACUUGCUUUUCUAAAAGUAUUUUGUGAAACUAAUGUUUUUCCUCAAGUUGAAUUUGUGAAGGUACUGCUAAAUGGUAGUAAAUUUACCCUGGACAGAUCCUGGAAAUGUUCAGUUUAUUUAUAUUCAGAAAUCUCUUUAAAUUAAUUAUAACUAUCUUUGAUGAAUUAGAUACCUAUUAAGAUUCGAAAUUAUGUGUAAACAUUAUACAUAGCAUUUCAAGUAUGUUUAAUGUUAAUCAUAAGAGGCAAAUAUUGCAGUUUUUCUAUUUUAAUGACUAUAAGAAUACCUAAAAUUCCCUAUGCGUAUAAUACUUAGUACAUUAUGCAACAAUUAUCAUGAAAUUUAUAUUAUUUUGUAAAAUCUGCUGGAUUUUUACUUGCAUACCAAGUUUAAUCCCAAAAUAAAUUUCCCAAGUCAAUCCUUAUAAAGUGUUGAAUUGAAUUAAGGUAAUUGUGUAUGUAUACAUACACACACAUGUAAGUGUUUAGCAAUAUUGUUUGUCAUUUUUAUUCCAGUAAAUGUGCCAUUACUGUUUACACUCAUAGUUUGAUUAUUUUGGUACUUUUAUGCAGUCAAUUAUUUCUUUUUCUGAGCACAUUUGUUUUCCUGUAAUCAGUGUUAUCUUAAUAAAUAAUUCAAUUUUCAUUUAAGGAAUUAA